AAAGCUGAUUCUUUGAGAGUGCUUGUUGAUUAGCUGAGAGAAAUAUAUAUGUUAUUGUGGACUGUUUUGUGUUUCGGCUUACGUGUCUAUGCUUCUGCAGUUCUUAAAGUAGCUUCAACUUCUGGUGAGAAGACGCAGGCGCCAAGUACUCCAUCAUCAGAGCAGAAAGCAUCAGAGGGCAGUCCAAUUAAGUCAAUUAAAGACUUCCUGUAGCCAUCACCACCGAGAAUCAAGCAGCGUCGACGAUCUGAAGCAAUUACUCCGGAUUUGAAUUCACUAUCGUCGAGCCGCCGUCGAAGUGAAUUAGGAAUGAUAAUGGACGGUGAGUUGGACAAAACCUUGAUGGUAGCUAAAUCUUUGACUAGGAAAGGAACUGCUCUGGUGAAGAUGGCUAAAUGCUCUAAAGGCUAUGAACCUGUGAUAGAGACUUACCAGGAAGCUCUUGCGGAGCAGCAGGACUACUUUGAUCCCAGUAUCGGCGUUGAGGAAGGUACUGAUCAGCACAAGUAUCCUGGUCCUGUCCCAGUGAUGGCUUUCAGACCAUCUCUUGAAGCUAUACUUAGAGGAUUGCUGUAUAAGAUUUGCUUACAUGAGAUUAAGCUAUGCUCUGAUGCUUUAAAAGAGUUUGUUAAGUUACUAAAGGGAGAAACUGGCGGCCAUUUGUUGCGUCUUUAUUUCCACAACUCACCCAAAUUUAAGGAGCUUCUAGAUGUAUGGAAGUUUCUACAUGAAAAAAAACAAGGAGUGUCCUAUAUAUUCUCGCUUUUCCAGACGCUUUUGAGUCAUCCAGAGGGAAAAGGUACAUCAGCUGAUAUUGGAAGAGCUAUUAACCAGCUUGGCAGGUCACUUAUUGAUGAAAAACUGCAUGACAUUUACAAUGCAUUGAACAGCAAAGAGGGAAAACAACAGAAUGCUGCACUUUCACUCUUGGCUUCCAUAGUUAGACGUGGUCCAAGAAUGGCAUCACAUAUGGCCAAUAAAUUUGAUUUUAAGGGUUUUGCAAAACUGGGGGAGUAUAAAACUGGAGGGGCUGACAAGGUUAGGAAACAUUCAACGAGGCAGGCUUUUGUUGGGUUUGCAAUAUCAUUCCUUGAAGUUGGGCAACCUCAUUUGUCAGAUUCUAUUUUAUGGCAGAAGAAAAUGUAUUCUAAUGUCCUAAAAGGCCUUGGGGAAGACGAUGAAGACACUGCGGCUUAUGUUUUGUCUACGUUGAAGGACAAGAUCCUUGUUAAAGAUUCUGUUGGUUCAGAAAUUCAGACUAUCAUGAAUUGCAUAUGCCCUCGACCGUUUAGCCGGUCGUUGAUCACUAGAGGGAUGCUCCAUUCUGAUUUACUUGUGAAACAUGGGACUUUGAGAUUUCUCUGGGAGACGCUGAGGCUGUUGGAUUCUUUUGUUACCGCUUGGAAACUUCGCUCGUCUCAUAGCUGCUCUGUUGAGCAAAUUCAGGCUUCUCUUGAGCGGGAUGUCAUGGGUGAGGUGAGAAGCUUUUUUCCAGAUGCCCAGGUGUAUAGACUGUACUGAAUUGGGCAACCUCAUUUGUCAGAUUCUAUUUUAUGGCAGAAGAAAAUGUAUUCUAAUGUCCUAAAAGGCCUUGGGGAAGACGAUGAAGACACUGCGGCUUAUGUUUUGUCUACGUUGAAGGACAAGAUCCUUGUUAAAGAUUCUGUUGGUUCAGAAAUUCAGACUAUCAUGAAUUGCAUAUGCCCUCGACCGUUUAGCCGGUCGUUGAUCACUAGAGGGAUGCUCCAUUCUGAUUUACUUGUGAAACAUGGGACUUUGAGAUUUCUCUGGGAGACGCUGAGGCUGUUGGAUUCUUUUGUUACCGCUUGGAAACUUCGCUCGUCUCAUAGCUGCUCUGUUGAGCAAAUUCAGGCUUCUCUUGAGCGGGAUGUCAUGGGUGAGGUGAGAAGCUUUUUUCCAGAUGCCCAGGUUUUGACUGUACUGAAGUCUCUGAGCGGUUCUAGCGAAACCCAAAAGCUGCCUUUGAAAAGAGAAGCAGUGUUGGAUAGUGGAUUAGUAGGAAAAAGAAAACGCUUUAAGCCAUCUGAGAAGUGUGUUUUGGAAAAAGAGGCUGGUGAUAUCGUCAUUUGUGGGGUAGGUUCUGAUAAAGAUUUCUUUUUGGAAGAGGAUACUGGGGAUGCUCAGAUGACAGAUCAGGCAGAUGCUGAAAAAGAAUAUCUUGGGAUUGUUUCAGAAAUUUGGGGUUCAGAGUUUUGGUCUAAGCCUUUUGAUUCGGUCGAAGAAGCAGAGAUGUUAUUUCACAUUAAGCUCCUGGAUACCCUCAGGAUUUAUAUGCGUUCUGUGCCUAAUAUCCUUGAAGGAUCGUUUGAUGUCUUCAUGAAAUUUCUGAGCACUUCUUCAGGUUUGCCAGCCGAAUUGCAGAGAGCUCACUUGUCUUUGGUAAAUGAAUACAUCAGUUGGACGCCAAAGUCCCAAAGUGAGAGAGAGAGUGUUCCUACAAGAAUUCCACCACUCAUGUUCAAGCAUUUGCAUGUAUUCAUUAAUUUGUUACCUUUUUCAUCACACGACGAGGUGAAGGAUCUAUCGUAUAAUUUAGCACUGGUAGCUAUGAGCAGCACCGGUGCAUUCGACAAAAAUCCAAGUGAAAUUGGGGCAUGGUUCCGGUUUCUACCAGGUUUUGGAAAGAUUAAACCACCUCUUAUGGUUCAGGAGGCUGUACAGAGCAUGUCAUCAGUUGUCAUCUCCUUUUUAUGUGAUGCAGUUACGACUGUUGGAAAUAAUUUAUUCAAGCAAUGGGAAAUUGUCAGAAGUAGAUUGUCCCAUUUAAAAGGUGACUCAAUUGGUUUUAGCCCCUUAAUUGUUUGUAUUCUGGAGAACUGUGUUAGGCUGCUUAAGUCUGAAUCUAAAAAAUAUUCUUUACCAGACAAGUCAGCAAUAUCUCUGUACGUCUGCAGCACAUUGAAAUAUCUUUUGCAAACUCAGGUAGAUUCCAGUGGACUCUCAUGUUUGGUCCAGUCAGUUUUGUCUGAGGUGGUUGAUGGAUCUAAGGAUUCUUUAUGUGAAUGGAGGCCAUUGAGGAUGUUGCUGCUUUUCUCACAAUCUUUGUCAGACAAAAAAACUUUCAUCUUACAUUCCAGAAGGACAACGAGUUUACUUGCUGACACUUCUUUUGCAGAUUCUCUUGAUGAGAUAAAAGGACUGGUGAGAAGAAGUAUUUCUCUGGAUGAAAUCGCAGGAAUCGUUAAAGCGUUUUCUUCUGCAUUGAUAUGUGCAACACCUGAAUCAAUUUUGGAGAAUUUUGCUUCUGUGAUGGCUAUUUCUUGGGAUUUAUAUGGAACAUCAUUCUCAUUUUUACAGUCCAUCGUCUUUCUAGAGGAAAACUUCCUCGGAAACCUUUCAAAGCUAUCACCUGACUUAUUUGUGAGAGGUUUAGAACUUACUAGGUCAAGGAAUCUCCGUGAAGGAAUAGUAGAUAGUGAGAUUGAUUUUGCUGACUACUCAUCCGUAACUGAAGCAAUCAAAAGUAAGAUGGAGAUUCGUGAUAUUUAUUCUUCUGCCUUGUCUAUGUUCUUCGAGCAGGCUCCUUUUCCAGUAUUACUUAACGAAAUUAUGAGCAUGGAUAUAUCUUGCGUGCCAGAGUUUCCAAGAUUAGCAGAGCUACUGCUGCAAGUUUGGCAACCUAAAAGUGAUAGUAUUGAAUCAGAUAUCCGAUUAAUACUAUUCUGGCUCUUCCAAAUACGAUCAUCUUACAAGAUUCAACCAGCUUCGGUACUCUGUCGACUCUCUGAGAUCUGCUUACGUCUCUUGAAGCACUUGUUCUCGCAAAUAUCAGAACGGGGCUUUGUUUCUGGACCUUCUUCAGAUAAGUUGGUUGCUCCUUUUGCAAAGUGGAAGCAUCAAGUGGCCCAGACAGUUCUUUGCCAUCCAGUUGUGAUGGCACUGUUGGAGAGUCCCUUGGAUUGUGGCACAUUACCUCCAGUGCAUAAUGUUAAGAUUUUUUCAGAAACGUCGCUGACGACGAGCAGGCUAGUUAUUUGUGAAAUAGAUCAACACAUCCUUGAUCUAUUGGUUUCUAUUUGUGAGCACUUUUUGUUUGAUGAGAGACACAUUGUGCAGGAAGGAGAUCUCAGGGAAAAUAAGUCAAGUACGGUUUUUAAGGACUUGGUGCAAAGGCUUCUUUUGUUAUUCAGAGACAAGUUUGAGCUUUGUGUUGGUUCUCAAAGUUACGCUCCGCUUCUCCAACCAUCACAAUUAAUUCAUGCGUUGUUGAGAUUUAUUUCACCUUUCAAAAUUUUAGAGCUAGCCCGUUCCAUGCUGAGUAAAAUUGAUGAGGAAGAAUUGGCUAGCCCAAAUUCGAGUAUGAUUAUCAGUUUGGGAUUGGAUAUUGCUGGCGGAGCUUUUGAAAUGCUUAUAUCUUAUUCACACCUGCCGGCUGCUAAGAGAGGGUUAUAUGAUUUGCUGUGGGAAUUAAAAGAAGAGAAUUAUGACAGUAUACUCAUUGAGGAAGUCUAUAGCAUGGCAUGCAGGUUUUCUACCUCUUUUGGUUUGGUUUCGGCAGAUACUUGUUUGCUUAAAGUUGGGAGCAGCAUUUUCAGGGGGAAACAUAAUCGGCAUUGCAAUGUUCAUCCAUUGACCGUGAUAAUUUCACAGAUUGUUGGGAGAACUCCUAAAGACUUGAUUAUCCAUUAUAUUAACCAGCCAAGCAUGACCAGAGCCAAGAUAUUGUUCUAUCUUGUGGAGUCCAGUCCCUUGCAUCUGUCAGUCUUUGGACACUCUUUCUUUAGUAUGCUAAGUAAGCAACAGGAUGGCUCUGAUCAGUUUAUCAUGCUUCCGCCUGCCGUGCUAUCGUAUCUGGCAUCAGUUUAUGCAAAAAUCGAGACGCCGUGUAGUAGAUGUUUAGAUAUAACUUCACUUUAUUCAAAUAAACUAACAAACGGUUUUCAUCAGUGGCCCAGUUUUUUGUCUGGGUGGAUCUUUGAAGAGAAGUAUGAAGAGAUUCUUAUGUCGACAACUGAGGAUAUUGACACUAUGUUUAAUGCGAGUCUUCUUGGGAUGGCAGUACGUAUGUUUCAGUGUCACUUUGCCUUGAAUGAAAGUCCAACUAAAAUAGACGAUCUCUUAAAGGUAUUCUAUUCCAUGUUUCCCCACGCUAGUGCUGGCAAAGAGAUGUUUGAUUACGAGAUAAAAGAAAUGGACGCUCAGUCAGUACACUAUAUGUUUAAUGUUGCUAUCCGUGUAGUUGCAAAAGUAGAAUUUUCAAGGAUCUGUUUGUUUCCUGAGGAUAGCAGUAUAUGUCAUUUUAAAAGUCAAGCUGUUAGUUGUGCAAGGGAAAGUUUUCCAGAAAUGGGAUCCUGCAGAGAGAGUUUACUAAAUGCUUUAGUUGAAAGUUGGCCAUGUGUUGUCAAGAGAUCUGAUGGUUAUUUUAAAGGGAAUUCUGAAAGAAAACAAGACAAAUGUUGGUUCCUGUGCAAAAGCCUUGAAAACUUCAUUUUGAGAAGUAUUCGAAAGAUUUUGAAAUACAUGUGUGAGGAGCUUAUUAACUUGGAUUCUCUUCCUUUCUUGGAGAAACUAAUGAAAUCAGUUCUCCUGUAUAGAUUUGAGGACUCAAAGACAUUGAAGAUACUGAGGGACAUUUUCUCCUUAUUGUCGAGAGGAAAGUACUCAUGUACACUAUAUAUCCAACUCCUGGUAUCUCACUCUCAGUUUACACCAACCAUCCUAUCAGCCUCGCAUACUGGUGAAUUAUUGAGGCCUGUCUCCAGCAUUCUAAAACAUCUUAGCAUCCCAAGUCCAAAUUCUGUUGGAGUUGGAAGUUGUUGUCUCGAAGCACCCGACUAUGUGAAGCAGUUAGAAAUUGUCAAAAUUCUCAGAGUGCUGCUUUCCAAAUGUGGAAAAGGUUCGGGGAUCAAUCUGAAAGAGCUGCGCUUUCUUUUUUUGUGUUCUUAUGGUGCAACUAUGAGCGAAAUUGACUUAGAGCUCUACAAGUUGAUGCAUGAUAUCGAGUUGAUUGAGGACGAACAGAGGCUGAAUGUUUCUGAAACAGAUUAUUUGUGGGGUAAAGCUGCCUUGAAAAUAAGAGAGGGACUGCGUUUUUCUCAGGAUGCAUAUUAUGGUGGUGAAGCUGGUUUGGUGGAAAAUCUCCAGCAGAUUCUUUUCAAAGAGAAUCUUUGGAUUGAUCCCAAAAUAUGUGCUCAAACUCUUUUGUAUUUUCCCUAUCAACGAACUGCAGAGGUAUCGGAUAACUCUUACAUAUCUGAUGAUCCAGUAAGCGAGAAAUGCUCACCUGUUAUUGAACGGUAUGAUCCGGCUUACAUCCUGCCAUUCUCAAUACACUCAUUGUCCAUGGGAUGUAUUGAACCUGUAAAAUUCGCCAGUUCAGGCUUGCUUGCAGUUGCGUUAGCGAGCACGUCUUCAGCAGAUCUUGGGAUGAGAAAAUUGGGCUAUGAAACUCUUGGGAUAUUUGUGCAUGCCCUUAAGAGAUGUGAGAAGAAUGAGAAUGUAAUGGGGCUUAUGCUUCUGCUGAUGCAUGUGGAAAAUGGAGUUGACAAACGGUGGAAAAGAAUCCCAACAGUUUGUGCUUAUUUUGCUGCUGUGACGUCUCUGAUAUUGUUGGAUUCUUCUCACGAACUUUAUGCUCCCAUAAAUAAACUUUUGAAGAGCUCAUCUACUCUGAACCUGAAGGGAAUACCUUUGUUUUAUGACUUUUUCUGGAGCAGCACUGUUGUCCUUCGAUCACAGAGGCUUUGGGAACUUCGCCUAGUGUGUGUGGGCUUGGAAUCAGAAGACGAUGCUCAAUUGUACAUAAGAAACUCUGUCCUUGAUACAUUAAUGAGUUUUUCCUCAUCCCCUCUUGCUGAUGAUGAAACUAAAGGACUAAUCCUUCAGGUUGUGAGAAAGUCAGUCAAGUUCCAUAAGAUAGCCCGACAUCUAGUUGAAAACUGUGGUCUUUUGUUAUGGUGUUCAUCGUUUAUCUCAAUGUUUGCUACAAAGCCCAUUGGAGAUGAAGAUUCGCGCUUGGUAGCUGUCUUGGAGGUCAUAACUGAUACACUCGCCUCCAGAAACGUCACAGAGUGGUUGCAAAGAUCUGCCCUCGAAGAGCUAAUGGAAAUCUCGUCGCGUUUAUACAGAUUUUUAGGUGGUGGAUUGGUAUCAAUGAAAGAAAAUGGUACUUUGGUGGAUUUGAUUUUGCAGAUACUAUCUGCUACUCUAAAGAUAUCACAGAAACGGAAACUGUACCAGCCACAUUUCACCAUCACAAUCGAGGGGAUAUUCCAACUCUUUGAGGCAGUUGCUAAUUGCGACUCUCCUCAAGUCGAAGCUAGUGUAGAGCGUGGGCUUGAUGUUAUAUUAAUGAGCACCCCGCCAAUUGACAUAAUAUGCAUGGACGUGGACAAGCUGAGAAGGUUUCUUUUUUGGGGAAGCUCCACAGCCUUGAAGAGUGACUUUAAAAAGGGAUCUAAGCCUAGUGAGCCUCAUAAAGAUACUAAAACACACUCUGAAGAAGCACAAGAAGAAACUAUGGUAGCAAAGUUUCUACGCUGGCUGUUAGCUUCAGUGAUUCUUGGGAAGCUUUAUUCUGAAGCUAAUGAUUUGGACUCAACAGUCUUGAGUGAAACAAAGCCAGAAACUUUGUUGGAAUACUUGAAGCAAAGGAAUAUUGAAGGCAGCAUGACAAAAUCGGAGCACAUACUAGGGGAAGUAAUCGUAUAUCUCCAAAAGCUUCUGUGUACAAACAACAUGGUUCUUCUUCCCUCUGUUGUAUUUGCACUUUCUCUCAUGCUUCUUCGCAAUGGCCUCUUCUUGACUGCAGAGUCCGAAGGUGAUUACAAGCUCAUCAGAUCUUUGUGUUCUAGAAUUAGUUGUCCCCCUGAAGCUAUUCCGGUCUGGAGAUGGUCGUAUUAUCAGGGAUGGAAGGAUCUUUCAACGGGACCAGCCACAGAUCCGAAAAAGAUCGAUGCAUGCCAACAGCUUUUGCUGAUAUUCUCUGAUAUGCUUGGGACAAUGCCUCAGGAAUCUCAACAAGUGUUGCUUCGUGAUUUUUUUUGAAAUUUCCAGUGUAUUUGUAUCAUCCAAAUCAAAUCAGUUUUGUUUUACUUUAUAUCAAUGACUGGAGUUGUUUUAUUGGUUAGUUCACAAGAACUAUGUUUAAAUUUUGAUGUAUUAAUUGUUAUUAAGCAAUAAUCCCUUAAUGAUAAUUGUUAUUGAGCUA